AUGCACAUAUUGCGUCUGAUGGAUCGACUGGAAUCUAGUCAACGCACCGUUCGACAGAAAGCUAUUCGAGGUCUGCUGUACUUACUCCAAGGCAAUUUCGGAGAUUGUGAACUGGAAGAGGAUCAGAUUACUUGGGCCAGACGGAACGUACAUAUGUGUAUCGAGGCUGGUCUCUUAUCUGUUGCUUGUCAAGUGCUCUUACUCGAGAUUGCGUACGACAAAUGGUCAAAAUCCGCAACCACAUGCGAAGACCCUCCGAAGGAUCAAGAUUUUGCUACGAAUAAGGAGUCGGUAAUCACCACAGAAGAUUCCGAGCCAGCUCAACCAAAAAAAGGCACCCUGUGCAUGGCGGACAGUGCUGACUUGCGGGCCAUUCUCUCUGUUCUCUACAUUAUGGUGGAAACAGUCCGUGAUGGUCUAAUGAGUGGCUCUGCUCAAUCCCCUGUCAAUUGCGGUCCGGCCGGUGUGCAAUCCUUGCGUACACAUUGUAGCACUCAGGAUCCAUCUGCCAAGCUUCGAGAACAAUUUCUGGAGGAACUUUCGUCACCCAUCGUCCACGAUAGCAACACAACGUUGACCGCAGUUCUCUUCGAUAUGGUGCACCGCUUCUGUAGUGGCUUGGCUCCCCACUUUCCAAUGAAGAAGGUUCUCUUACUUUUAUGGAAAGUUCUCCUGGUUACUUUGGGCCCAACCACAACCUUGUGCGCGCAGAAAAACCUUGUUCGUGCUCGCUGGGGCUUACCUCCGCUGUUCGAAGAUUCACAUCAAGUAGUCCGUCGAAUUCGAGCUACAAGUCCACCAGGUGCUUCUAAUGAUCAAGCGUUGUCCCGUGGUGCUCGUCCAAACAAUCGACAUGCAAUGUUCGGACAAAGUAACCAGGCUCCUCGUCAAGGCAUCCUGGCCAAUAGUCGCUGCAAUCUCAAUUCACAACGAUAUCAGUCUGCUGCAAUCUCUUCAGCGAUCUAUUCCUUUUCUACUUCUCCGGCACCACUUGCUUCAUCUGCCACCGAAGCCGGUAGAACGGAAUACUCCGGAUAUGCCACGCCGCGUCCCGGAUCUCCGGUUACGGGAGAUACAAACGGCGCUACCGAACAAGUCAAUCACCCAGUUCACUCCCGCAUUGAGACGCCCCUUCCCAUUCUAAACAGGAGCGUCGUCACAGAUUCUGUUCUACCUCAGCCUCCUCCCACUGCUCCCCAUUUAGCACUCGGGCAGGGUCUUCCCAAUAUAUUUGCAGACAGCAAAUCACUUCCAUGGAAACCGAAAGUUCGCAAAAAGGAUUUGGAAACCUUUCUGAACAACGUCCGUUUGAAAUUCCUGAAGUUCCAGGUUCCCAAUGACACAACCUCUUUGAUUGGGCUUCCAGAGCCAAUACACGAGGCAGUUAAGGUUUUACGGGAACAUUUGUACGUGUCCUUGGGUGAGAUGCAGAUCGAAAAAGAGGAGAAGAUUAUCCGGUACCCCAUGUCAUUGAUGAGCGAUUGGAGCGUCUACUGCUGGCGGAAUCUCUUUUCCUGUAUCAACUUGCUACGCAUUCUCAAUAUGUUAACUAAGUGGAAACAUUCUCGGACAAUGCUUCUUGUCGUAUUCAAAUCCGCUCCGAUUUUAAAACGCGCUUUACGCGUCCGUCACGCAAUGCUGCAGCUAUACGUACUGAAGCUUCUCAAACUACAGAGCCGUUAUUUUGGUCGACAGUGGCGCAAGAAUAAUAUGCCCAUUAUGUCCGCGAUUUAUCAGAAGGUCCGCCAUCGUCUAACAGAUGACUGGGCUUACGGAAACGAUGUGGAUGCCGUUCCGUGGCGAUUUCAGUUAGAGGAGCAAACUUUGCGCGCAAACGUCGAUCAGUUCAAUCGGCGAAGGUAUUCAGAUGCUUGUUUCGACCCAGAAUUGCAGCCGGUUGAUAAUUCUCUCACCAGUGUCCUCGGUCAACCUUUCAAGCUAUCUGAUGAAUUCAAACGAAAUUAUGAAAAAUGGCUAGAAGAGGAAGUGUUCUCUGUUCCCAUCAAUUGGUCACAGCUUUUGGCCGGUUGA